AACGAAGGCUUACAGUCUGUGAGUUCCGGCGUGUAGGUGGAAAGUCCCACCGACUCUGGGGAUGCACUUCACAAGUAUCUCAAAGAGAGUCGUUUCUCCCACCUUUGGUGCUUCUGGUACGUCCAUGAGCGGGGUGCCAAGUAGCACAGGAACAUCACAUGUGAGUGAGAGACGUGUUUGUUCUGCUCUGAAGCAUUUCCGAGAUGCACUUCUGUGCCCAGGACCUUUCAAAGCAUUCUAGGUCGUGUACACUUGCAGAGUCAUCAGACUGCGCAAAUAGACUCUUGCUACUCGUCCAUGAGAAUCGUCAUUGAACUUGAGGACGUAUAAAUACAGGCAGCGCAGAGCUAACUGCUGUCGUGGCCACUCGUUUGGUACGAUGUUGUCACUUCUUACCGCCGUCUCACUCGCCGCUCUUGCGCUCAGUGCUCCUGCUGCUAGCGAUGCACCAGGCUGGCAGUUCGAUGUAAAACCCAAUCUUUCCGGGAUUGUGGCUCUUGAGGCGAUCGUCGUGAACACCUCCUUGGUAGUCAUGUUCGACCGCGCCACCGGUGAUCAACCCCUGAAGCUUAACGGAAAGUCUGUCUGGGGCGCCCUCUGGGAUCUCGACAACAGCACGGUUCGUCCGCUCGAGGUCUUGACCGACUCUUUCUGCGCUAGUGGCGCUCUGCUGAGCAACGGCACUAUGGUUAGCAUAGGAGGUACUCCUGGAGCUGACGACGGAAAUUUCGCUGCGCCCCCUGGCAAUCAAGCGAUCCGGAUCUUUGAGCCUUGCGCCUCGGCGUCGGGAGCUGGCUGCACGCUCUUCGAGAACCCUGCGACGUUGCACCUACUUGAGGAACGAUGGUAUCCGUCGUCCGUCCGGAUUUUUGACGGCAGUCUCAUGAUCAUUGGUGGUUCACAUGUGCUCACACCGUUCUAUAACGUCGAUCCCGCCAACUCUUUCGAGUUCUUCCCGAGGAAGGAGCAGACGCCCAGACCUUCCGCCUUCCUAAAUCGCACUUUACCAGCGAACCUUUUCCCACGUGCUUUCGCGCUGCCCGACGGAACAGUCUUCAUCGUCGCUAACAACCAGUCCAUUAUCUACAACAUCGAGACCGACACCGAGACACCCCUCCCAGAUAUUCCCAACGGCGUCCGUGUCACUAACCCCAUCGAUGGAAGCGCUAUCCUUCUCCCCUUGUCACCUCCUAAUUUCACGCCUGAAGUUCUCGUUUGUGGUGGCUCCACUGCUGACACCUCACUGCCGUCCACCAGCCUGUCCUCCCAGCAGCCCGCUAGCAGCCAGUGCAGCCGCAUCACGCUCACAUCUGAAGGUAUCGCGGCGGGCUGGCAGGUUGAGCACAUGCUUGAGGGCCGCAUGAUGCCCGAGCUCGUCCAUCUUCCGAACGGUCAGAUCCUCAUCACCAACGGCGCCGGCACAGGUUUCGCUGCCAUCUCGUCCGUGGGUGACCCGGUCGGCAACUCCAACGCCGACCACCCGGUCCUCACGCCUUCCCUCUACACUCCCGACGCGCCACUCGGACAGCGCAUUAGCAACGCGGGCCUGCCGACGACGGACAUUCCACGCCUGUAUCACUCAAGUGUCACUCUUACGCAGCAGGGCAACUUCCUCAUUGGUGGCAAUAACCCGAACCAAAAUUUCACCCCGCCGGGUACUCCUGGCAUCAAGUUCCCGAGCGAGCUGAGAAUUGAGACCCUCGACCCGCCGUUCAUGUCCAGGAGCCGGCCUGAGCUUCUCACGUUCCCUGAGAAGCUGAGCUUUGGCCAGCAGGUGACCGUGCCUGUUACCAUCCCGAGCGACCUCCAGACGAGUAACAUCCAAGUUUCCCUUAUGGAUCUCGGCUUCUCGAGCCACGCCUUCCACUCCAGCGCGCGUUUGGUCUUCAUGGAGUCGUCCGUCUCAGCGGGCGGCAAGUCGCUCACAUUCACUGCACCGCCAAAUGGCCGUGUCUUCCCCCCGGGCCCGGCUGUCGUUUUCCUCACGGUUGACGACGUGACAAGUGUCGGCCAAAGGAUCAUGAUGGGCAGCGGCAACUCUCCGCCGACUUUGGAGUGAAGGUAGGAUGGCCAUACCGUAUCUUGUAAUUGUACAAACAAAUCUGCAAAUGCGCGAACGGAUCAGAGUAGUAUUUCCUGUGGUUCUAGGAGAUUCUCUUCAUUCUCGUCAUGUAACACCUGACUGAAUAUGAAAUGUUUUGUUAGGCCCGGUGCCACACGCGAGUGCCGGGGAAGUCGUU